UAUGAGUUUAAAGCCAAGAACAUCAAGAAGAAGAAAGUGAGCAUUAUGGUUUCAGUGGAUGGAGUGAAAGUGAUUCUGAAGAAGAAGAAAAAGAAAAAGGAAUGGACAUGGGAUGAGAGCAAGAUGCUGGUGAUGCAGGACCCCAUCUACAGGAUCUUCUACGUCUCUCAUGAUUCCCAAGACUUGAAGAUUUUCAGCUAUAUCGCUCGAGAUGGUGCCAGCAAUGUCUUCAGGUGUAAUGUCUUUAAAUCCAAGAAGAAGAGCCAAGCUAUGCGAAUUGUCCGGACAGUGGGGCAGGCCUUUGAGGUCUGCCACAAGCUCAGCCUACAGCACACGCAGCAGAAUGCAGAUGGCCAGGAAGACGGGGAGAGCGAGAGGAACAGCAACAGCUCUGGGGACCCAGAUUCCAAAUUUCCUUUAAGUGACACAUGGUACUUUUAUAACAGGAGAUUAAAGAUGUUUACCUUAUUAAACGAGGAAGCAUUUAAGCCGGAUAUUGGGGAACACUUUCUAAAG